UUGCGGAUUUUAAAAUUAAAAUUGCGGACUGCUGCUGUGGAAAAUAUUUUUUCAAUUGCGUGUACCCCUGAUAUGGAUAUGAAGUUUAAUUUAUUUAUAUUAAAAUUUUGAGCUUUAAAAUUUGGCAUUUUUUUGAUAAACAUUUUCCUUUUGAAUUUUUUUCUUUGCUUUUUGCGAUUCGUUUAAUUUCGGCAAUAUUUAUUUUUUUAAUUAAAUUUUAAAGGUUUUUUAUUAAUUUUUGCAGAAAAAAAUGAGCGAGGAUCGAAAAAUUAUUGAAUACGAGGGUGUUAAAUAUUAUAAGGAGGAAGGUCAAUGGUUUCAACUGCAAAUGUAUCCAGUUGGGGAAGACAAGGUGCCUGAUGCUAUUAAAAUUAGAAAAUCAAAAUUUGACCUUCCACCAGAAAUUCAGUUGGAUGUAUUUAAAUGCCAUGAUUUUACUCAAUUAUUGGAUGUUCAACAAACAAGUGUUUAUUUCAAAAAGUUUGUGAAUGAACAUGGAAAAGUUUUGGCGAGGAAGGAAUUUGACAAGCUUGAAAUUUUUUCUAUAGAUGACCCAAAUAUAAAUGAGCGUAAAAGGCGUCAUCCACGGAUUAAACUUUAUGAUUUUAAAUUGGAUGAAGACAAGCGGGAUUUUGGAUUUUGUGAUCAAAAGAAGCUAAACUUUAUUAAAAUUGAACGAGAAUUUUAUGAUUUCGAAUUGACUGGAGAACUUGAAAAGAAGUGGAAACGUGGAAUAGAACAAUCGAUUCCCAUGUUUUUACAAACUGUUGGUAAAGGAAACUUUGAAGUCGCUGUUUUUCAAUUGGAACAAAAUUAUUAUUCGGAAAGAGAAUUAUACUACUUUCAAUUGUCAAAAUAUCCAAAAAAUAUCGAGGAAAUGAAAAUUGCUCGUUAUUUUUUCCAACUACUAUUUAACUGUUCUUUCCAUUUAUUUAUAAUUCAUAUAGUUGUAAUUAACCCAAAAAUGAUUGAAUUGUUAUUUGGUGAUGACAUCAAAGUUCCUCUACAAAUUCAUUCACAAAAAACUUAUUUAUAUCUUUACGAGCUAAAUUCUUUAAAUUUUGUUUGGAAUCAUUUGGUUACUAAUCAUAUUUUUGUUGAUAUUUGUUCUGUAGUUUUUGACAUGGAAAAUUAUGUGGGCAUUUUAUUCAAAAUUUUGGCUUAUGGAGGAAACAAAUUUUCUAGUAUUACACUUGAAGUUCUUGACUCAAAACUUUACAAUUUUAUUAUAGAGCAUAUAGAAACAGCUCUAGACAUAACAAAAAUUGUAAAAAGAAUUAAAUUUGUCGCAAUGUAUGGACCUCUACUUUCAAGUAAAAUAGCAAAAAAUUUACAAGUCACAGUUAAAGGCGAUGUUCAAUAUACAAGAUUUCAACUUUUCAAUAUUUACAAUCCAAAAAUUGAAUUUUCUGUAUACAUUAAAGAAGGCUAUGGUUUUGUUUAUGUGCCGCCAGGUUCUGAAAAUAAGUUGCCAGCAUUUAGAGUUUUAAUUGUGAGAAUUGAAUGA